AUACAUUAUUUCUUAACCAAUCAAAAAAUGAUUUUAAUUAACUUAAUUGCAUAAGAAAUCAUCAUUUCCCUUUUCUUCUUCAUUAUUUUUUUCCCUUUAUCUUUAUUUAUAAGAUGGAUUCAAAUAGUCAUAAUGUAUUACAAUUUGUUUCUGCUGCUGCUCAAGUUUUUGAAAUUCAAGACGUUGAAGAUAUGAAAGGCUCUGAAAGCGAAGACAUGUCAACAAAUAAUAGUAGUACUUGGGAUAUUCCAGAACCGAUAACUGCUGAAAAUAAUAAAGCUUUUUUAAUGCAUGGAAAGUCAGCCCAAAUUCGAGAAUUGCUAGCAGAAGCAGCAGGUGCAAACAUAGAAAAAGAGGAUGAAAAGAAAGAAGAAUUUGUUAUAUUAAAUGAUCAAAGCAUAGAAGAAAAACUGAAAAUUGUUUUUCAUUUACCAGUUAAAGAAUCACUAAAAGGAGAAUGGCCUUGUUAUAUUGUCCAAUCAGCCAUUGUAUCUGGAUUCAUGUAUUUAACAGAAAAAUAUAUCUGUUUUUAUGCUUCAUUGCCAAAAAAUAAACUUGUCUUUAAUAAAUCUGGCUAUUUAUUAUUAAAAAAGACAGGGCCGAUGAAAGCGACUUAUGAGCGCUAUUAUUUUGAUUUAAAUGAAGAUGCCUUGACUUGGUUUGAAAGCUCUACCGACUCAUAUUCACCUUUAGGUAAAAUAGAUUUAAAAAGUGUCAUUUCUAUAAAACAAUCAACACGGAGAAGAUAUGGAUUAAGGAUAGUAACAAUGGAUAAAACAUGGUACCUUCAAACAGAUACAAAUGCAGCUAUGAUAGAAUGGACAAAUGCUCUUCAAAAGGCUAUAUUUAGAGCCAAACAUGGUGGAAAUAGUUUGAAAAUUACAUUACCUUUUGAAAAGAUUUUAGAUAUUGAAUUAACCGAAGCAUUUGAAUUUCAAAAAUUUUUAAAAAUACGAGCAGUUGGUAUAGAUGAUAAUUUUGUUAUGGAUGAAGUAUGCCAAACAAACAAAAAAGGAAUAGAAAAAAAAAGGGGGGCAUCUUUUUUUAACAUAGGAUUUGUAGUACUAUUUUGCUUAUUUCUCAAAUAUUGAAAAUACAUUUAAGAGUUUACAUUUUGCUUGGGAAACAUAUUGUGAUUCUAGGCAUAUAUCACCGACAUCACCAAAAAACUCAGACUACAGUAUAAACAGUAAUCCUGAUUCACCCUCACUGUCUAUUUCUGAUUUAUACGAUGUGGACUCUCAGCCUAUUACUAUUUCAGCUGCUACUCCAAAUCAGAGUCAUCGACCAAAUACAUCAAGAAGAUCAAACUCAGUUAUUACAAAUGCUUUAGCUCUGAAAGAUUACCUUUAUCCUUCAGCAACUUUUAAUAAAAAAUCAAUAGUAACAUCUGAUCGAGAUUUUAAUUCCCAAGAAGAUAAUGACAUAUCGAGCUCAGAUGACAAUGAAGAGUCAGUAGGUUGGCUA